CGUACGCAGCUCCCUCCCUCGCUAAAAACCUUCGACUCGACUUCGGCUUACUCGACUUCUCACUGAUCCACCGCUCUUUUCCACCAACUUUCCACUCUCGUUACACUUACGUCUCGAGACAUGGCAACCGGUUGAAUACGCGCGGUUCAACGUUCCUUUCGGUGCUUUCGUCGUAUUCGUACACGACGAAUUCGACUCGUCUCGGGUAUUAACGCGGCACAUGUUAUUGAAAUCGAGGAUCGUGCCGCGUCUCGCGAGUGAACGUAGCCUGGCGUAGCAGGGCGCGUCUGUACCGACUGUUUCGUGGGGGAUUACGAUCGAAGGAAAGAUUUCAGUUCUGGUGGAUCUCGUGCUGCGCUGGGCAGCCAAAAUGUCAUUCUUCAGGGGGUUGUGGAAGAGCAGCUCGAAACAUAAGAAACUAUGCGAGGAAUGGGCUCUGGCGAAUAGUCGCGAGUGCGUGGAGGGCGGAAGUUCAGCGAGCACGACGCACGAUGAACCUGAGGACGCAUCGGAGGCCAGGUUCACCCUCAAAUAUUUGGGCAGCACCCUCGUCGAGACGCCUUCGAGCGAAGAAGCUACUGCAGAAGCCAUCAAGACUGUCAUUACGAUGGCGAAAGCAAGCGGCAAAAAGCUACAACGAGUUUCUCUAGCCGUGAGUUUAAAGGGUAUUAGAAUGACGGAUCUUGCCACGGAAGAAGAUCAGCUCCAGGUAUCUAUAUACAGAAUUUCGUAUUGUUCGGCGGAUGCAGCUCAUGAUCACGUGUUCGCGUUUAUCGCAACAAAUUUGAAUGAAACUAUGGAGUGUCACGCGUUUCUCUGCCCCAAAAGAAAAAUGGCGCAAACGGUGACGUUAACGGUCGCUCAAGCCUUUAACACGGCUUACGAAGCUUGGCAACUAUCCCAAUCCGAUCCUAGGAUUCAUCACACUCAGGAUAAAAGUCCCUCGUUAACUGAUGAUAGAAACGAAAAUAACGAGAAGAAAAAGAGCGAAGGAGAUGCGAAGAUUGUGGAUAAAGUUAACGAACAGAAUAAAGACAAUGGCCAACAACGUAACACGAAUGACGCACCAAAAAAUCUUUUAAUCGAUUUAUCGAAUGAGAGUAAAGCAGCUGGAAAUUCAUGGGUUUGCUUCGAAGACGAAGACGGUAAGAAGGUACAAAAAAAGAGUAACGCUACUAGUAUCCCUAUGACAACUUUAAGACACACCACGACAUCUGCAUCACAUCACGUUGUACCGAGGUCAACGACAGGUUUCAAAAUACAAAACGCUUGGGGUGAAUCAAGAUCCGUAGACUUGAUGUGCUCGUAGCAGGCGUAGCCUUCGGCCGAUAGCUUCCGAGAUGUGCCAUUAAUCACUGGUCUCUGGAAGUAUCUAUCGAAUAACGGCCAACCGAAGAAAACCAAGCAAUAGACUAAUUAUUAUAUCGUCGAACUUAUGAUAUCAUUUCUAAACGAUUAAUCGAAUCACUGGAACAUGUGUUUUUCCAAAAUUUCGAGAUAAACAAGGUGCUAAUUGUGAUCACUUUUAAAUCACUCGACUAAUUUUUAAUAUCGAUAUUUUAUUGAAUAUCAUAGAAUCGACGAAGAAAAAAAUAUGGCGAUUCUUUUUAUGAUGACUUUUUCAUUCACUUAAUAUCUUCGAAGAACAAUUGAUAUCGAGCGGUGCUCGGGAAGGAUUGAUGAUUUAAUAAAAAGAGUUUUUUUAAUUUCGUGUAUAAGAAGUGGGAACAAUUUUUGAAAUCCCUUUUAGGAUGCGUGAUCUGUGCCAAUUCGUUCAAACAUAUCGUAUACAAUUUUAUAUUACUUUUAUAUUGCUGAUAUGCGUGUAUAUUAAAGAAAUUUUUACUAUUUUAACUAUAUACGUUAAAAAUCAUUUUCUUUUUUUAAACGAUCUUACAAUGAAAAUCAAAGAUAGUUAAGGAGACGAUAAAUCAAAACAAAUAUAAUUUUGUUACGUAGUUAUAGUCGAAUUAUAUUCGUUGUUAAAUAGCUGGGCUAUUACUUAAUUGAAUUUAAAAUUAAUUUUUUAAAUUCGUUUCUUUUUGCGAGAAGAAUAUUUAGAAUAUAGAUUUAUAAUUAUGCAAUAAUAGAUAAUAUGCUAAUUAUUUUUUUAAUAUUAUCGCUUGUUACACUGUAAUUUUUAAAAGAGAAAUAUGUUACAACGAUGAUUUUUGUUUCUGUCUUUUUUUUCUUUUGAUAUAUAUCUUUAGGAUGACAAAUAAAUAAGAAUCGAUUUUAUCCUUCCGAAAUAUAUAUUAAUAGAUACUAUCAGCAAAAUGAUCUUAAUUAAAUUAAUGAAAUAACAAUAAAAUAAUGUAAUUUGCUAUUAGAAACAUGCAUUGGUGCAUAUAUUAAAAAAAAAUAUGUAUAUCCAUGUAGCAUGUUUAUCGUCAAAAUUUGUAUAAUAAUUUACAUCGAAUUUGCGCUAUUCAGUGUGAGUAUAUCUAAAUAAUACAUACAUUUAUCCAUGAUAUCUUUACUCACGAUACUUCAUUUGCGAAUAUAAUUAUAGAUAUGUAUAAUUGCUUUCAAUUUAUAUUUUAAAUCGUUAAAAUCGUUAUCAUUAAGAUGCUAGAAGCUUUUUAAAAGAACUGUUUUUGCCUCUAUAUAGAUAUAAUAUCCAUAUUAGUUUAUGUAUAUUGGUUUUUUCAAAUACACGUUUUUAUAUUCACGAUAUAUAAAAAUUUAUGUUUAUUUUGGAAUAUUAGUGUUUACAACUAUUACAAUGUUGCAUUAUAUACAUGUAUAUACGAAAGUUUAUUGUCCAUUAGUUGAUGUAGUGGGCUAUUUUCGUAGAAAAGAUAGAUGUAUAGAUAAAAUGAUAUUGUACAAUCAUUAUCAUCCUUAACAUUCAUAUUUUUAUUUGUAAUAAGAAUGUCAAUUUAUAAUUAUAAUAAUUUAAUAUUCAGACUGUGACGUAUUUCAUUUUCGAAAAUAUGAAUCAAAUAAGAAAAGGAAUUUGUAAUUAUUGUAAUUGUCAUUUUAUUAACUUUUUUACAAAGAUGUAUGAAAGAGUAAUGAAAGGACUUGAAUCUUAUUUUGUUUGUAAAAAUUAAUGGCAAUGUACAAUUAUUUUGUAUGAUGAUAAUACAAAAAAAACUCGAUACGAUGCAUUUUUAAAGUUGCAAAACAUUUAUGCAACAUCGUUUAAUAUCGCUAAGUGUUUGAAUAUAAGUAUACGUUAAAUAUACAUAUACAUAUCUAUUUGUGCUUUAUCAUUAAAAAAAAUUCAUAUAUUCCUUA